AUGGACUCCUUACUUACUGAGUUGAGAAAAAGAAAAAUUGCAUAUGACCUGGUAAAUGAAAAUGUUUCAUUCUCCUUUAAUAUAAACAAAUUAAGCAUUAGUGAAGUUAGAGAAAAAGAUGAACGGUUAAGAAAACACUAUUCAACGGAUCUGAAUUUAUCAUUUUCAAACGAAUGCAUACACUUUCGUACCUAUUUACUUACUUUACCUAAGGAACAAUUACCUAAAUCAAUUAUAGAUAUGUGUGUCACCUUUAAAAAUGAAGGAUUUGAAGACAUAUACUCGUACGUAAAUAUUGCUCUAAGAAUGUAUCUAUGCUGUCCUGUGUCUAACUGCUCUUCAGAGCAAUCGUUUAGUGCGCUAAAACGAAUUAGAAGUUAUUUGCGGUCGAGGAUGACUGAUGAACGACUAAACAGUAUUAAACAUCGAAUCAGAUAUUACAAAAGGUUUAGACUAUGA